AUGGCAACUCAAUCUCCAGAGCAGAAAACACUGCCAUCCUACCCGGAGCCGUUUAUCGUGAGCGCCCGCGAAGAACAUCGACAAACUCUCAUCCUCCUCCACGGCCGCGGCGGCACAGGCGAGCAAUUCGGAACAUCAUUCAUCAUCAGUCCAAUCUCCUCCUGCCCUGGCGGCGGAGCAUCUCACUCAUCGCAAAUCCUCGCAACCGCUCUUCCAAAUACAAAAUUCAUAUUUCCCACCGCCAGAAAGCGACAUGCACGGUGGUAUGAUAAUGGCGCACUUCUUCAUCAGUGGUUUGAUGGUGUCCCGAUUGAUUUUCAAGAUGCUGGGAUGAGUCCCGAACAGAGAGAUUGGCAAUUGGAGGGGUUGAAGGAGUCUUGUGCCUUUUUGGAAGGAAUUGUUCGGGAGGAAGUUGAGAGAGUUGGAGCUAGGAAUGUGUUUGUUGGGGGUUUGAGUCAGGGAUGUGCGAUGGGGUUGCAGUUUCUUUUGAGUUAUGAGGGUGAGUUGGGUGGGUUUGUGGGGAUGAGUGGGUGGCUGCCGUAUGUUGAUGAGAUGGAGGGUGUGUUGGUGGAGGAGGAGAAGGGGAAUGAUGAGGAUGAUUCGUUUGCUCGAUCUGGUUCUGAGGACCGUGGCACGGCUUUGAAGGGAGAGCCAGCGGCCAUGAAGAUUUGCGGUUUUGUUCGAGACAAUCUGGACCUUCCUCUUCCAGUCACUUCGCGGCAACCGUCCUGGCUUCAGACACCGGUAUAUCUGGGACACGGAAAUAUUGAUGAGAAAGUCAAGCUAGCAAAGGGUCGUAGGGCGGCUGAAUUUUUGAGAGGAAUGGGGGUGCAAGUUGUUUGGAAGGAGUAUGAUGAAGGUCACUGGUAUAAAGUGCCGGAAGAGAUUGAUGAUAUUGUUUCGUUCUUACGGAGUUAUAUAUCAUUGAAUUGA